UCUAGAGUGUAAGUUAAAUUAGUACGUAGUUGUACUCAUGACAGAAUAAAUCUAUUUUGUCAUGGUCGUACUCACGGUUAUAAAGAAUUAUAAUCGUGUUUGUAUAAUGAUCUAAGGUUGUACCAGACUGUAAAAGAUGAACCUAUUUCUCCAUGAAUUUUUACUUACAACAAAAAUGUACGAUCGCUGGCAUAAAAACUGAUAAGGUUAAUCGGCAGUCGCAUUGUUCUGACAUUCUACAACUCGCAACAACUGUUGACGGGUGUACUAGUGUGAGUUCUUUCAUAUUAUAAGUGAUCCAGAGUGACGACAUUGUUGUUUGACGAAAAUUCAAAAUGGACGAUUCAAGUUGUCUAGCAUGGAGUGACGUGGAUACAGUGGAAACCAUUUCUCUUGCAUCUUUGGAUAUAAAUUCUUGUGUUGAUAUUCCUAAACAAGUCGAUCAAACAGAAGACACUAGUGAAAUUUAUCUACCACCUGAAUUGAUGGAAAAAAUUGUUGGUUAUUUUGAUGGCAAGUCUUUGCUUAAAUUCAAACAGUUAUCAAAGACAUGUGAUGAUAUUGCUAAUAAUGCACUUCGUUAUAAUAAACUAUGGAAAAAAUUUUGCCUCGGAGAAAUACCAAAGAAAUAUUUAAUUGAUUUGUUCACUAAACAAUGUGAUAAAAAUAUUCCAUUCGAAUCGCUCUUGGAAAUUCAUUAUGAAGCAGCUUAUCAAAAAUGGGUUCAAUGGCAAAAUCCUGUUUUUAAAUUAAUCUAUAUUGGGCAACACAAUUUUUUGGGUCUUAAUGGAGUAGUUAAAAUUGUUUGUCAUGAACUUGAUGUCAUGAUUGUUUUUCCAAAUUUUAUGUAUUCAUUUACACUUACAAAAAAUCAGAUCUCUGGAAAAUAUUAUGUUUUAAGUGGUUAUUCAAAAAGUUGCAAAUCAGAUGAACUAGUUGUGUUAAAUCCUAGACCUGUCAUGAAUCAAGAAGGUAGAGAUAAUGAUGUUUUCAUCACUUGCCAUGAAAGACAUUCAAAUUUGUGUCCAUUGCAUAACACAGUUUAUGAAGUACAUGAUGGAAAUAUGAGAGAACAUUAUACUGGAAAACUUGUUGAUGUGGACAUGAACUCUUAUACUAAUAUAUGUUGUUGGGUCCGAGAAACAUGGUACGAAUGGCAUUCAAAUAUUGAUUCAAAUGUUAUCAUGGGCCAUUUAUGCCCACAUUUAAGUUUUAUCUUGUUUACAUCAGUAAUUCAUGGGUUGAUAAUUAGCCGGAAUCAAAUUAAUAGCAUUUUAAUUCAUGGCAUUUAUAAGAAUACAUGUAUAAUUGCUCGUUCGUGGUUGAAGAAAAAAUAUACAGGAACUUCUGCAAUAUUCAUUUAUACAAACAUUUUGUUUGUUGGAACUCUAAAUGGUUUCUUAUUGGCAUAUCGUCUGCACUGUAUGGAUGAUUUAAUUAAUCUGAAAGACAAAAAUAUACUGUUAGAAAAAAAAUUGGACAUGGGCCAAAUAAAUUUGUUUGAUAUCAUAGAUUUUGACGAUGUUAAAGCCUUAGUAGUUGCAUCGACAAAUAGUGUUCUUUGGAUUAAAAUUGAUUAGAGUCUAUUAUGUGUCUUCAUAAUUAUUUUUAGAGACUGUGUGUUUAUUAUGAGGAGAAAUCGAAGACUUUAAUUCUACACUUAAAAUCAGAAAUGUUCAGUUUCAUGACAAUUUUUUUUUUAUUAUUUACUAAAUAUCUAUUUAUUAUAAUUAAUUUGAAUUAAUGAAAAAAAAAAUCAUAUUUAAAUAUUAGAUCUUAGUAGUUCCUUAAUUUUUAAAUAUUUAGUUUGUUUCUCUACAAAUAUUAAUAUAUUGUAAUGCUGUUAACUAUAAAUUUACUAAAAACUAAUGAUACAAUUUUCUUUAAAUAAAGUUUUGAUUCAGUGCUGGGCCGUAUUGAAGAUAAGUAUUUAAGAUAUGUAUCAGAAAUAUAAUGGUUUUGUAUUGGGAUCAUUUUUUUGCUUAUAUCCAAUAUUUAUUAAAUUUUUUUAAGUAUUUGUAAUUAUUUUUAAAACAUUAUACAAUUUAAUCUUAUGCAAAAACAUUUAUAAUUGUUUUUUUUCUGGUAUAAAAAUAUUUCCUUAGAUUAAUUAACAAUUUUGUAUAACCAUAAUAUAUGGUACAUAUAUACAUCCUCAUAAGUCAUUAUGAUACAAGCAGCGCUACCUCAAAAACUUAAAUAUCUUAUAAAUUCUAUAUUUCUUAUGCUCAACUUGAACAGUAUAUUGAAAUUGUUUACAUUUUAUAUACAGUGAAACCACCUCUGACGUAUACCUCUAAAUAGCAGAUAUUUGCUUGGGGACAAACAACAAACUGAACCCUCUGAAUAGCGGAACAACAUUUCAGUGACCAAGAGUGUUUAAAGAGGCAGAGGUUUCACUGAAAUUAAUUUUGGCAAAUGUAUUAAUUCUACACACUGUAAAGAAAAGAGUUUUAAAAAUAAUAUUACUUAUUUACUUUGAUUUUAAAAUAAAAAUUAAGAAGUUUUUUAAUUAGAACUCACUUUUAGAUUUAAUCAGUAAAAUAGGAAAAUUAAUGAGGCUGGACAUUAACAAGUUAAUAAGAUAAAAGUUAAGUUGAUUUUAACUUUUUAUCUUAACUAGUUACUUUUGGGUUUCUCUUAAUUUAAGUACUAACUUAACUUAAUUGUUUUUUUAUUAACGUAAAAUUAAAGAAUUAAAUUUUCAUUUUAAGAUAUUAAAUUAUUUUAUUACAUUUCAAUCAAUUUUUUUUCUCGUCAAAAGAUAUUUCGGGUAAUUUUUGGUUAAAAUUAAGUAUUACCUCAUCGAAAAUUAAACUACCAUAAUUAUCAAUAAUUGUUAAUCACAAAACCAGUGUCAAAAAUAGACUAGUUUUAUCAUUUUCAAAGACUACUAUUAGUCAAAAAAUAAACCUGUAGUACUCAUGGGUAAUACUAUGAAACAUGUUUGAUAGAACUUUUUAGGUGUACUUUAUUAGAAUUAUUUAGAAAUCGUAAUAUUAUAUAUAAUUACUGCUUGUAACAAUUGUUAUUAUUUUUUUUAGUGAUGAAAAACUUCUAUGAAAUACUAUAUGUAUUAACUGUCUAUGUAGUUUUGAAUUGGUAAAAAGUAGGCCAGUACUUUUAUAUUAAAAAAAUUUACUUUAACUUUUUCUUAUUGACACAUCACCUUAACAGAGUUAAAAAAAAAAUUGUUAUCUUGCACAGCUUUUGAAAUUAAACACCACAUACUGGUUAAAUAGAAUUAAAUAUAUUAGUAUAUAUUUUAAUUUAUUAUUUAUCUCUUAUAUAUUUAUAGGUAUUCAAAUAUACAUUUUAAGGGUCAUCA